AAGAACGGAGAGCUGCUCGAAAGCUACAUUGGACUAUAGUGUGAAUAAUAUUUUACGGAAUCGGGGUGUUCUUAUAAGAAUUUACAAUAGAUUCUUAUGAAAUUCUCUUCCUAACAUUAUUGUCUAGUUAAAUUCAAUAAAAUUACAUCAUGAAAUGCAUUAAGAAGUUGAAAAAAUGAACGAUAAAUUGUAUCGCAAAUUAAAAAAAAUAAAAGAGAUGGAAGCAAAGUGGAAGUGAGAAGGCUAGAGAAGAAUGUGAUAAGAAAAGCCUGAAAAAUCUUUCAAAAAAAAAAGCUUUUCGAGCUCUAGAAAGAAAAAAAAUUAAUUUAAAAAGGAAAAAAUUAAAGUUAAAAAAUAUAUAAAUUUCAAGCAAAUGCGAUGUAAUGAGCUGUGUGUAAAAAAAUAAUUCAAUUAAUUGUUUAAGUCAUAAUCAUGGCAAAAUCGGGUAAUAAUGAAAAUAAAAUCGAGAAAUUAGUUCGUGUAGGUUUUUAUGAAUUAGAAAAGACUAUAGGAAAAGGCAACUUUGCGGUCGUCAAGCUCGCAACAAAUUCCAUAACAAAGUCGAAGGUGGCCAUAAAAAUCAUCGAUAAAACAUGUCUCGAUGAUGAUAACUUGGCAAAGACAUUUCGCGAAAUUUCCAUCUUAAAAUUACUUCAUCAUCCGCACAUCACGCGACUAUAUGAAGUAAUGGAAUCAAAAAAUUCCAUUUAUCUCGUGACGGAGCAUGCGGGUGGUGGUGAAAUAUUUGAUCAUUUAGUGACGCAUGGACGAAUGAAGGAAGAAGAAGCGGCAAGAGUUUUCUCACAAAUUGUCUCGGCUGUUGACUAUUGCCAUCGAAAUGGUGUUGUUCAUCGUGACUUGAAAGCGGAAAAUGUGUUGCUGGAUAAUAACAUGAAUGUGAAAAUUGUAGAUUUUGGCUUUAGUAAUAUGUUCACUGAGGGCAUGUUUCUGACGACAUUUUGUGGAUCACCGCCAUAUGCAGCACCAGAGGUAUUUCAGGGACUUGAAUAUGAUGGACCACGAGCAGAUAUCUGGUCACUUGGAGUUGUUCUCUACGUCCUCGUAUGUGGAGCAUUGCCAUUCGAUGGAGCAACUUUACAUGACCUACGGAGUGUUGUGAUAAGUGGUAAAUUUCGAAUACCAUUUUUCAUGUCACAAGAAUGUGAACAUCUUAUUCGGCACAUGUUAGUCGUUGAGCCAGAAAGACGAUAUAGCUUAAAACAAAUUGCCAAACACAGGUGGCUCACGCGCUAUAAUCUUAUCAAUUUAACUGAAUUGAAUGAUACAUUGACAACUCAAAUGGACACAAAAAAUUUGGAUACUAUCGUCAUCAAUCAUAUGCUUCAAAUUCCUGGCCUCACUGCUGAUUUGAUUGCACAAUCGGUGCACGAGUCACGAUACGAUCAUAUUUAUGCAAUUUAUCAUUUAUUGUGUGAUAAACUUGAAGAAAAACGUAAGGAGCAAAAGCGUCUCCAGCAUUUAGCUUAUUCAAGAUCCCGCAAAACAAGCAUUACCACAGGUGUUGUUGAUCGAUCGGAAACUGUUAAACAGGAGACAAUCGAUCGUCUUAGUCCAUUAACGAGUACUAUUACGUCACAAUUUGGAAUUCAACCAGUUGAUACUGAUUUUGAGAAAUUCACUGUUGAUAUUGAUGUUGAUCCAAAUGCUAUUCAUCAGCCUCCAACACCUACUGAUACGCCAAUGCAUUUAUCUGUUGCCACUAAUGGUACUAUUAGACGUCAUACUGUUGGUCCAGGUGAUGUUGCACACGAGCAAGCUCUUGGUAAUCCUGUAAAUAUGGUCAACUUUAAAUUUGAUGGAACUGUCAUGGCAAUGGGACCUAAUCAAAUUCCUCUCAAUUUGCCCAUGUUGCAAAAUCAGCCUCUCAAUACAUUCACUAUCAAGGAUCCGCAUUUAUUAAAACCGCCUAUGGUCAUGGGUGCUACUGGAUGUUUUGGACGACGUGCAUCAGAUGGUGGUGCUAAUCUACACAUUUUCUAUCCAUCAUCGAUGACAAAUCCUUCACAACUUGUUAAUGAUGAGCAAAUGAUUGCAGAGCAAUCAGCAACUUCAUGUCAAUUAAAAUCAACAGAUGCAAAUAUGGAAAGUAGUGAAGAUUCAAAUGAUGAAAUUCAACGAUAUAUGCACGGCCGUGGAUGCUCUAAGCGACACACUGUAGGUUGUACAGAUGAUUUAUCUAAAAAUCCAUCGAGUCAACCAAAUACAGAUCAACAAAUAGGGCAUUCACCAAUUCCUUCACCUGGCAUAACAAGUCAAAGUGGAGCCUCGACUUCUAGUGGAAGAACGAGACGAACGGGUCUAUUGACUGUAAUGGAACGACCUCCAGUUAUCAGUCCUGAUUUGAUACGCGAAGUAGAAGCUCGUAUGAAUCGAAACUAUUUGCCACCAUCGCUGAUAAAUGCAAAUCAAGUUUCGGGAAGUCCCCCUUCAAACUCAUAUGUGAUAUCUCAACAAAGACGUUAUGGUAGAGCAUGUAAAUUGCCAACAGUGCAAGAAGUUAUGGGUCGAUACUCGCCGGUAAGACGAGCAUCAGAAGGAUCACGAAAUCCUCAAAUUCAAGGGCCUUUUCAAGAAUGCCAACAAUUACAAAAGGGACUUGCUCAGCAAAGAAACAAUUAUCUUGUAACACCAAAUCCACCACAGGAAAAUUCUGUCUCAUUACCAGGUUCACCAAUGCACACGAAAUUGUUUGUGGAAAAGGUCGAUAACGAAAUCGAUGUACCGCCCGAUAUGAUGAGCACAAUUAUUCCAGGUCUCGAAAGAUUGGUGUUUGAGAAUCGCUUACAUGUCGAUUUAGCUCAAAUCAUAAUUUCAACACGAAAAGUUCCUCUUGAAGUAGCACAACAUUUGGGAAUCGUUGCUCAUUCAAGUACUAUAAUACAACAACAACAAAACUUUAGUCAAAGUGCAUCACCCUUAAAUAAUAUGAAUUAUCAAGCACCUCCUACUAUGGAUCUUAUGACAAAUAUGCAUCAUUUCCAUGGUAUUAAUUUGAAUUAUACAGGCAACAUGCGAACUAACGAUGUGCCACUAACUCAUCAUUCCUCAAGCUUAAAUACAUCACCAAUGCAUCAGAUUACUCGUGGUAUAAGUGGAUUAACAACUAAUUCUCCUGCAAAUGAGCCGUUAGAUCUCACAAUGGAAACGACUCUAUGCGAAACGGAAGCAACACAAUGGCCACAAGCUUUCUAUGAAAUGAGACCACUAAAUUUAACAUCAACAGGAACAUCGCCACAGAUUCAGCAACAACAACAAAGAAUGAUGCAACCAACACCACCAACAUCACCAAGUAAUAAUUUAUGUAUUAUACAAGAAGAGCAUUUACCACAUUCAUACCAACAAAUGUCCCCAUGUGAUUUGAGUGCUCAACAUCACCAUCCACAAAUUUGUUUGACAGACGUCCAAGGAAGUGAAAUAACACUUGUUGCACUGUCCGACUCGAGUCGUGAUUCAGAUGACUCAUUAGAUACAAAUAAUAGCAAUGAUACAUCACGUCGUACAGCGAGUACGGUCACAACUCCUGGCGCAAGUACAGGCAUUAAAGGAAUCUCAAUGUUUCAUGAAUUUCUUAUAAAGGAACCAUCCGAUGAUAUGCCAUCCAUAACGCGUGGUGUUGGUCGAAAAGCUAGUUUAGAAAAUGAAUAUAAUAAGCAUCAGCAGGCAACAGCAACAAAUUCAGUUCCAAUUUGUGUAAAAAUGGAUGCAGCUUCAGUAGAACAAUAUGCAAGACGUGGUAGCGAUAAAUCAUUAGGUUUUAGUGACGAUUCACUUAGUAACGAUUCCAAUCAGUCUCCAGCACAAGAAGUAUCACAUUCCAGUGGAUUUAAGAGCACCGAAGAAGAACGUUUAUCACCAGAUUCUUUGAGUGAGAGCCGUGCAUCAUCGGAUGAAUACUAUGAACUUCCAUUGCCAAAUGAAUGUAGAAAUUUAGAUGUACCAAGUAUCAUGGAAAUUGUGAGGCAACAAAUUAUUAAUAGUAAGAUUCCACCAAAUCGAAUAAAUCAGAAUCGAAAUGAAUGUGAUGGAAGUAAUCAGCAUUUCUUCAAUAAUACAGACGAUGCAUCUAAUAUGAAUUUAGAAUAUUCGAGUGGAUUACAAAUCGAAUUAAAGAUUUGUGAGCGUCAACAUAAUAAUGAGAAGGCUGGAACUUCUUCCAUGGAUAACCACAGUGCAAGUAAAGGAAUUAUUAAGUUGCGAAGAAUCUCUGGGGAUUCUACUGAAUAUGGAAAACUUUGCCAGCAACUUCUAACACAGCUAACAGUUUAAAGUCUUGAAUUAUCAAAUUUCCUUUCAUUAUUUGUUUUUAGAAAUUCUUCAGGUUAAAGAAAUUACGGAAAUUACUUCAAUUAAAGGAUACAGAUAUGACCCAAUGAUAAUAUUGCCAUGUUUAAUUGUUGCAAAUUUCCCUAUAGAACAAUUUAUAGAUGAAAGUUACCGUUAACCUUGAGACGGAUGACGCAAUGCAUUGUUUCUUAAGGCUAGUGCUGUGCUAUGAACCCUUUUAUGGAAGUGACGGAUAAUAACUUGUUUGUGGUAAAUAAUCCGAUACAAUGCAUGUCUAGGAAGCCAUAGAGCAUAGUUUAAGAAGCCCUGCUUGAUGGCAAUUAAAAUAAAGUUUUAAAAAUCUAUCUGAAGAUUAGUUGGCAUGUCUGAGUUGUACAAAAAAAGAGGCACUACUUGUGUGAAAUGAUAGGUGUAAGAAAAUAUAGCUUGAAGUGAUAAAUUGAAAGCAGGUUUGGGUCAGAGUUACUGCCAUUGAUAGGAGUAAGAAUGGAUUCAUUGUAUAUAUACCAGCUGGCAGAGAAUGAUAAGCCCAGAGUCCCUAGUGUUUUAAGAAUGAUGCAUUAAAAGCUUUUGUGUUAUCUUUUGAAUUGAUAAGCUUUUAUUUCCAAUUUGAAAUUUUAUUUCUUUUAUGUCCAAGAGAAUACUACAUUCCACUUUUUCAUACCUUAACGUCAAUAUGAAAGGGAGUCGUUUACUUAUUACGUUACUCUUAUAUGAGGGGAGGGGGAAUAAUUCUGACAGGGGGGGGGGGGUAUAAAAAGAAGUAAAGUUUGAGUAACGUAAUUAAUGAACAGCCCCCAAAAACUAUUAAUUUAAACUUAGCAGAAAAAUAGGGAUUUCAAUUUGUGUAGAUCUGUAAUUUAAAGCCAACAACUGCUGAUGCAAAGAUUGAACAUAAUUACUAAGUGGAUUUCACAAAUUAUUUUUCUUUGCAUGUAGAUAGACAUUUUAAAAGAACGAUGUUUUUCGAACAGAAUAAAUUAAUUAAAAACUGAAAAAACAAAGAUUUAUUUCAUAGUUAAAAAGAUAAGAAAAUUUCAUGAAGAUUUUAAUGUGUAAAUCAAUGCAAAACAUUUAAUAAGAAUGGAAGGAAAUUUUUACGUGUGUAACAUUCCAAAAUAUAUAAAAUUAUGGUGAGGAUGAUAGCUGACGAUGAUCUUUAUUCAACUCACUUCAUGUUUAAUAUAAAAAUUUACUUCUCGAUGAGAUCAAAACUAAAACUUUAGUAUAGACAUGGCUCAUGGCAGUGAAUUUUCCCAACACAGAAUUGAAAAUGUAAAUAAGAACACAAAUUUAACAGUCAAAACAUGUUUGCCAGAUCCCCAUACACAACUUUUUGUCUUUUUGGGAAAAUUGCGAAGGAAGUUCUGAAUGUGCACAAAAAGCAAGGAAGAGAAUAUUUUAGGAAAAACAGAUAAGAAACUUCCUCAUAAACUUAUCGAAAUUUAAUCCUUUCUUGGUUUGAAAGCUUUCUGAUGACCCAUAAAACUGUUUUUGCCAAUUUCUUGGAAAGUCCACAUUAUCAAGUACAUACUAAAGGGGUCGUUCACUUAUGACUUCUGGGGGGGGGGGGGGGGGGGUCAGCAAGAAAAGAACAAUAGAAAUUCCUGGAAAUUUGACCGUUAACUUCGGACGUCAUAAGUGAACGAUCCCAAACAUUAAUAAAGAAUAAAUCUCUUCAAACUGACACAUAAAAAAUAGGUAAUGAAAAAUCAUAAAUAGAAUAAACAAAAAAAAAAUAAGCUAAUUAAUCAAUUAAUGGAAAGAACAUUAAAAAAUUUAUUCUGUGCAUAAGUUACACAUUUCUUUUGCAACAUACAAGUUAAUGAGAAAGAGAAUUAUAAAUUAAAUUCAGAAAGGAUGAAAAUCAUGAAAAUUAAAAAAUCAAAAACUUGUCAGAUUAAGUUUAAAAAGUAAAUUUUCAAACAAAAUCUUCAAGAUUUUCUUUGUAAAACACAUAAAGACUGUGA